AUGAGCGGCAACGAAUGCGCCAUUAAGAGUUGUCUUCCUCGUCUCACCGAACCAGGCUUUAGGUGUUCAAGUAUGAGUAUUACUCAUCAUGCCACUGCACCACAACAACAAAAAGUAGCAACUCUGAAAAAUAUUUUGGAAAAGUACGGAAAAUGUUUAAGACGGAAGCGACCAAAACUACAGCCAGAACCAGCGCCAGAACCGGAGCCAGAGCCAAAGCCAAAACCAGCACCGCAGCCGAAACCAGCACCACAAACAAAACCAAAACCACUACCACAGCCAGAACCAGAACCAAACCGCCCAAUACCUCCACCAUCUGUUACUGAGGGAACACAACCACCAAUAAAAAAAACGACAAAACCUAUAGUGCAAGUAACAAAAACAACAAAAACAAUGAUGACGACAAAAAUAAACAGAAAAAAACCUAAUGGACCAAACUUGCCAGCCGUUAAAGAAGUGCCGAAAAUGCCGAUCGAAAAGCCUUGCAAACACGAUAAUGAGUGUAAAGAAGGCGAAAGAUGUUAUGGAAGAACCGGUGUAUGCAAAGCUCCAUCAACAAUAAUUAAACAAUGUUUUUCCCAUUCCGAUUGUCCUAAAGGACAACGAUGUGAAAAAAAUGCGAAUGGUAAAUUGGUGUGCGCAAUUCCAAAAGGUCAAGUGCAACGAAAAGAUUGCUCAAAUGAUUUUGGUUGCUCGGAGGACGAAAUAUGUGUAAACCUUGGCACUUUGACUAAAACAGACUUUCAAUGUAUCCAGAGACCAUCUGAAAUGUAUGAAAAUUGCGCCACAGAUUCGGACUGCGGAUUUUCUCAAGUAUGCUUCGGUGCAUUUCGCCGAUGUGUAAGCAGUGAGCCCAUCCAAAGAGGAAUAUAA